AUGCUGGCGGCGGAGGCAGAGCCGAUGCUGUCGGAGGUGGCGGAGCCGAUGCUGUCGGAGGAGGAGGAGGAGGAGUCGGACUCGGACUCGGACUCGGAGGGGGAGGACGAGUGGCGUAGGUGCCGUUUGUGCGAUUGCAUGUGCCGCUGGACCUUUUUUCCCUCGUGCGCUCGCCGCCGCGUCGCCCCAGGGGUUGACUACGACAGCCUCCCCGACGCCGACGCCGCCGACCACCACCUCCCCGCCUGGUCGCUGCUAGCCGGCGUUGCCGACGGCGCCUCCUCCACCCUACGGGUGUUCCGCCUCCGCGUCGCGCGAUCCGGCCGUAUCCUCGGCCGGAGCAACGACGCGCUUGAUGUCUUCCACGACAUCGCCCUCGCCAAGCCGCCGGGGUACACCUUCAAAGCUGGCGUCGCCCCCCUGGCUUCCGACGGCUGCUCGCUCUGCGUCCUGCAUCACACACUUGAGCAGCAACCCCAGGCCCUGCAGCUAACUAUGCAGCCGCAGCCGCAGGAGAUGCCUCUGCCGGAGAUUGAUGGGACCACCGCUGACCAUUGCAUACCCAUCUCCGCCGACGGCCAGACCUGGGCUCUGUCCGCCACCCCGCAAUGUCAUGGCAUCAACACGGCGCUCAGCUUGGUCAUGCGACGCCUUGUCCCCGUGUCCGGUGGCGGGACGCGGUGGGAGCUUGUCGGGAGCCCCUUCACCAGCCCACCCUUACACCACCCCUUGCCCCCGUGGACUGACAGGUUGCUCCAGGGCUACGCCGUGAUCCCCGACGCCAAACUCAUCCUCGUCUCCUUCCUACAAUACGGCCUCUUCUUAACCUUCGACACUGACUCAGGCAGCUGGACUCGGGUGCUCACCGACACCGACAAUUAAAGGUCGCAACGCUACCUCCCUAUCCUUGGUCGCGCCAUAUAUGUCCAACACCACAAAGCCGUCUACUUUCUCUGCAACAACAUCAUCUAUGCCUACAAGCUCACCUACCAAAAGGAUGAUCAGGGGGGGACGCAGCAGCUCAAGCUGGAUCUGCCCGUCCAGAUCGAGUUUCUCUGCCCUUUCAAACCCGAGCAAGGGUACGGCUUACUCACCCGCCUUUCCAGCCACCUCAUGUGCGCUGUCUGGAUCAGUAUGGCGUGGGUCGAACAAUGCCCCUGCAAAAACCUGCACGCCAUCGUCACCACCUUCUACCUCCAUGACACCCAGGACCAGGACCUGGCUCAGGGAGGAAUCAAGGCGCUGCAUUCCACUUUCCGUCAGCUAGACAUGGUGCCCAAUCCGGCAGCACACCAGCAUUUCUGCUUCCUACAGGAGUAUGAAGACCAGGGCUCUCUGGUGCUGCAGCAACGUGGAGAAGAGGAAGAGGGUCUAACCAGUUCCCAGCACGUCGAGCAUCCAUCCAAGAUGCUUAGUUGUUGCAG